AGCAAAGAUUUUAUAAGAUACAAAAUAUUUUGGGGUCUUGUUUGUUGCUAAUGGUCCAAUAAUUGGUCUUGGUUGACUACAGAGCUUCACUACGGUGGAGAGCCAUUUUGAUGAGUUGUAUAUGUUUAAUAUAUAAAAUGACAAGACACUAAAAUAAUCAAACGUAUUAAGAUAGGUUUGACGGUGGAAAUUCUGAAUCGGAUUUACUUUGAUUUCGCUUCUUUCUCAAAGGAUUGGAUUGUCAAAUGGAAAUGAAACUAUUUUGGUUAGCAAAACAUAUUGGUUUAAACAAUAAACCAAUCAUGUUGACAAUGUUUUUAAUUAAUCAUGUGUUUAUUAUUUGCUUUAGAAUGGUAAUUGAAUAGUUCCUAAUUAGAACACCCAAGUAAAUCUUGGACUAGUAACUUCCUUGACAAUGAUAUGUGCACCAGCCAGCUUGAUGAACAAUGAACAUACAAGUGUAUGGCCAAUACAAAUGCCAACAAUGCUAAAAACAUAUUUGUAUUGUCUUACCUUAAACCAAAAUCUAUUUCCUUUAUACCAACCACAUGAACAUGUUUAUAUAUCAAUCUCCAUGUUACAGGGAAUCCCCAAGCCAACCCUUCCCCACUCACUGCUUGGUUGUCUCUCCAUUUUCCUUAGAUUCACUUCAAUUUUUCUUUGUCUUCUUCUUCCCAAACUUUCAAAGAUUAGACAGGAAUCUUUAGCACACAGACAGUACAGGUAGAUCUCUCAGUGCUGUCCAUUUGACCAAAAUAGUCAUCCUCUCUCACUCCCUCACAUUUUUUGCACUAUAUAAAAGCAGGGGCAAAUUACAGAGACAUGCAGAUUCUUCGAUGGCUUUUUAAGGAAACACAUGAAAAAUGUAUGCACAAUAGUUCUGGUCCUAGCAAGCCAAAGCAAACAGAUUGCGAUCAAGAAGCUACACCAAAACAUAUAAUUGUUUGUAAGCAUUCUGGGGCUUAUCGAAGAUCAAAGAAGAGCGUUGAAGGAAGCAAACUGGAUAGUAAGAAGUUAAAGAAAAUUUUCCUUUUAUGUAGAAAAGAUAUAGCAAGGUCUUGCUUUUACAGCACAAUUAAUUUGAAGAGACCUGGUAGCAUUAACCAACAACAACAAGAUUGGAUAAAUUCCAUGAAGAUGAAGAAAGAAGAUAUUGCUCGGGGACUAGGUAUUAGUAAUAACAAGAUAGAUUCUGCUUCUUCUCAUGCAGGAAAUAAAGUUUUACCAAUCAGCGAAGCGACAUUAUCAACCUCAACCAGCACAAAUGAACCAUGCAGCACAUCAGAAAAGAAGGAAAAGCUCAAGGGAGAUAAAACCAAAACCAUGUCAAGAAUGAAAGAGCUGUUGAGAUGGGCUGCUGCUUCAAAAUCAGAGAAGGCAGCAAAAUUCAUGGGUCGAAAGGUUCUACAAUUCAGAAACAGAGGAGCUCUGAAAUCAGUACCAGAUGAUGAUCAACUAAGCAUCGAAUCGCCUAAGAUCAGCUUUAGAUGGGAUGUGGAAAGCUGUUCCACCACUUUAUCUGCUUAUUCAGCCAUUUCAGCUAUGAGCAUGCCUUCAUUAUAUUCUACCACUAUUAUUCAUGAUGGAGAUCAUUGCCUCCCUAGGAAAGGAAAUUGGAUCACUACAGACUCAGAAUUUGUGGUGCUGGAGCUAUGAAGAAAAGGCCUAGAAAAGAUCUUUCAAGUGGUUCACAUCAACGGUUGAGAAAAUGUAUUAUAUUUGGUUAAUUUAUUAAUUAAUGGUUUUUUGUUGUCUGUGAAAUCUAAUUUUUGUGAGAGAUCAUUGAGGAUUUUUAAAUUAAAUGUAAAACAAUCUAAGGAUCUGAUAUGUACCUCCUUAAUGAACAUGGCCUAGCUACAUCAUAAUCUAACUCCAUAAUAAUCUUCCACCCAUUUGUGGGAUUAAGGGAAGGUUUAGCAUAUUCCACUCAAAUCCAUGGCUAAUAGGCAAGGCCAAGAUUUAAAAUAGUAAUUUUAUAUUUUCAUUUU